CUCCAGCGCGCAGGGCAGUACCAUCCUCGCGGUCCUAGGUGGAGAGCCCUUGGCCCUCAGUGGGGCUGCAGCAGAGGCUCAGGUCCCAGGAAGCCGCCCUAACCCCGCCCCGCGAGAUGUGGAAUCCCCUUCACGAAACCGACUGGACCUUUGUCGCUUGGCGCCGAACGCGCUGGCUCUGCGCUGGGGCCCUGCUGGCCGCGGGACUCUUCAUCUUCGGCUUCCUCCUCGGGUGGUUUAUAAAAUCCUCCAGUGAAGAAGCUACUAACCUUGUUCCACAGCAUAACGUGAAGAAGGCAUUUUUGGAUGAAUUGAAAGCUGAGAACAUCAAAAAGUUCUUAUAUAAUUUUACACGGAUUCCACAUUUAGCAGGAACAGAACAAAACUUCCAGCUUGCAAAGCAAAUUCAAUCUCAGUGGAAAGAUUUUGGCCUGGAUUCUGUUGAGUUAGCCCAUUAUGAUGUCCUGUUGUCCUAUCCAAAUAAGAGUCAUCCCAACUACAUCUCAAUAAUUGAUGAAAAUGGAAAUGAGAUUUUCAACACCUCAUUUUUUGAACCACCUCCUCCAGGAUACGAAAAUGUUUCAGAUGUUGUGCCACCUUUCAGUGCUUUCUCUCCGCAAGGAAUGCCAGAGGGUGAUCUAGUGUAUGCUAAUUAUGCACGAACAGAAGACUUCUUCAAACUGGAGCGAGAUAUGAAAAUCAAUUGCUCUGGGAAGAUUGUGAUUGCCAGAUAUGGGAAAAUUUUUAGAGGAAAUAAGGUUAAAAACGCCCAGCUGGCGGGGGCCAAAGGAGUCAUUCUGUACUCGGACCCUGCCGACUACUUUGCUCCUGGGGUGGCAUCCUACCCAGAGGGCUGGAAUCUUCCUGGAGACGGUGUCCAGCGUGGAAAUAUCUUAAAUCUUAAUGGGGCAGGGGACCCUCUCACACCUGGUUACCCAGCAAAUGAAUAUGCUUAUAGACGCGAACUCCCAGAGGCUGUUGGUCUUCCAAGUAUCCCUGUUCAUCCAAUUGGAUACCAUGAUGCCCAGAAGUUCCUGGAAAAAAUGGGUGGCACAGCACCACCAGAUAGCAGCUGGAAAGGAAGUCUCAAAGUGCCCUACAGUGUUGGACCUGGCUUUACUGGAAAUUUUUCUACACAAAAAGUCAAGAUGCACAUCCAUUCCAACAACGAGGUGACAAGGAUUUACAACGUGAUCGGAACUCUCAGAGGAGCAGUGGAACCAGACAGGUAUGUCAUUCUUGGAGGUCACCGUGACUCAUGGGUGUUUGGUGGCAUUGACCCUCAGAGUGGAGCAGCUGUUGUUCAUGAAAUUGUGAGGAGUUUUGGAAUUCUGAAAAAAGAAGGAUGGCGGCCUAGAAGAACAAUUUUGUUUGCAAGCUGGGAUGCAGAAGAAUUUGGGCUUCUUGGUUCUACUGAGUGGGCAGAGGAGAAUUCCAGACUCCUUCAGGAGCGUGCUGUGGCUUACGUUAAUGCCGAUUCUUCUAUAGAAGGAAACUACACUCUGAGAGUUGAUUGCACCCCACUGAUGUACAGCUUGGUGUACAACCUAACAAAGGAGCUCCGAAGUCCUGAUGAAGGCUUUGAAGGCAAAUCUCUCUAUGAGAGCUGGAAUAAAAAAAGCCCUUCACCAGAGUUUGUUGGCAUGCCCAGGAUUAACAAGUUGGGAUCUGGUAAUGAUUUUGAGGUGUUCUUCCAAAGACUCGGGAUUGCUUCAGGCAGAGCACGGUAUACUAAAAAUUCGGAAAUAAACAAAUUCAGGAGCUAUCCACUGUAUCACAGUGUUUAUGAAACAUAUGAAUUGGUGGAAAAGUUCUAUGAUCCAACUUUUAAGUAUCACCAUGCUGUGGCCCAGGUUCGAGGAGGGAUGGUAUUUGAACUAGCCAACUCCAUAGUGCUCCCUUUUGACUGUCAAGAUUAUGCUGUAGUUUUAAGAAAGUAUGCUGACAAUAUUUACAAUAUUUCAAUGAAACAUCCACAAGAAAUGAAAACAUACAGUGUGUCAUUUGACUCACUUUUUUCUGCAGUGAAGAACUUCACAGAAAUUGCUUCUAAGUUCAAUGAGAGACUCCAAGAUAUGGAUAAAAGCAACGUAAUAUUAUUGAGAAUUAUGAAUGAUCAACUCAUGUUUCUGGAACGAGCAUUUAUUGAUCCUUUAGGGUUACCAGACAGGCCUUUCUAUAGGCAUGUCAUCUAUGCACCAAGCAACCACAACAAGUACGCUGGGGAGUCAUUCCCAGGAAUUUAUGAUGCUCUGUUUGAUAUUGAAAACAAGGCAGACCCUUCCAAGGCCUGGGGAGAAGUGAAGAGACAGAUUUCUAUUGCAGCCUUCACCGUGCAGGCUGCAGCAGGGACUCUGAGAGAAGUAGCCUGAGGUGCUUCUGUAGAGCCCCCAUAAUGAAUAGGUAUGUUCUGUCACUCAGAACACCAUCAUGGGUGUAUCAACAAGCUAAAAAUUAAAGUUGUGGACAUCUUAGUAUUUUUUUCUUUCUCCCCAUGGGUCAGGAAAGAGAGGUAGAUGAUUUGUAUUCUAUAAUUACAGAA